AUGUUCAUAUAAUCAUAUGCAAAUAUUUAUAAUCAUAGUUUUACAAUUAUUCUUUUCUUGUUUAAUAAAGAACGUAUGGAACUAAGGAAAAAUGUGACUGAGUUCAUCCUCCUGGGGCUCACUCAGAGUCUUCAAGGUCAGAAAAUAUUAUUUGUUAUGUUCUUGCUCAUGUACAUCGUCACAAUGAUAGGCAACCUCCUCAUUGUCGUGACUGUGCUGGUCAGUCCAACCUUGAAUGCCCCGAUGUACUUUUUUCUUGGUUACUUAUCAUUUAUAGAUGCUGUUUAUUCUACUGCAGUUACCCCAAAUAUGAUUAGAAACUUAAUAUAUAAGAAGAAAACCAUUUCAUUUAAAGCUUGCAUGACUCAGCUUUUUAUAGGACACUUAUUUGGUGGGGCUGAGAUUUUACUUCUAGUGGUUAUGGCCUAUGAUCGCUACGUGGCUAUUUGCAAGCCCCUGCAUUAUAUGACCACAAUGAGUCAACGGGUGUGUGUUCUGCUACUGCUGUUCGCCUGGGUUGGAGGUUUUAUGCAUGCUAUCGUUCAGCUUCUCUUUGUUUACAACCUUCCCUUCUGUGGCCCCAAUGUCAUAGACCACUUCCUCUGUGACAUGUACCCCUUAUUAAAACUUGCUUGUACUGACACCUAUGUCAUAGGUCUCACUGUGGUUGCCAAUGAUGGAGCAAUAUGCGUGGUCAUCUUUUUGCUAUUAUUCGUUUCAUAUGGAGUUAUUCUGAACUCCCUGAAAAAUCUUAGUCAGGAGGGGAGGCGCAAAGCCCUGUCCACUUGUGGCUCCCACAUCACUGUGGUGGUUCUUUUCUUUGUCCCUUGUAUUGUCAUGUAUGUGAGAAUUCCUUCCACCUUACCCAUGGAUAAAUCUUUGACUGUAUUUUGCACUGUUAUCACCCCUUUGUUGAACCCUUUAAUUUAUACUCUGAGAAAUGCAGAGAUGAAAAGUGCAAUGAAGAAGCUCUGGAUUAGAAAGCGCAAGUAA